CAGUCCAGUCUGGCCGCUCUUAUAAAAAAUCUGGUUUCAGUGCUUGGUUUCACUGCUUGAACCAGUAUCAUGUAAGAGAAGGAAUAAAUACACCUGCUUAGAGAACCAUCAGCACAAAGAUUCAUCAGUAAGGUGCCAUGGAGAGACCGCGGAUGUUGUGUGGGUGGAUGCCAUGAUCCACUGCCACAGCUGAAACUGGGCCACAGGGACAGCACCAUGACCCUGUCUGAAACCAAAACCCAGGAGAGGGGCCAAUGGGGAAGUAAAAUCGAGUACUUCCUGGCCAUGGCAGGAAACAUCAUUGGCCUGGGGAACGUGUGGAGGUUCCCAUACCUGUGCUACAAGAAUGGAGGAGGUGUGUUCCUUGUACCCUACGUGCUGUUCCUUUUCACCUGUGGCGUUCCCCUCUUCCUUCUGGAGACGUCCCUGGGCCAAUACACCAGCCAGGGUGGAAUUACCUGCUGGAGGAAAAUCUGCCCCCUCUUUGAAGGAUUGGGCUAUGGCAGUCAGGUCCUUGUUCUGUAUGCCGGCAUCUAUUACAUCAUCAUUCUGGCCUGGGCGUUCCUCUACCUCUUCUCCUCCUUCAGCUCUGAGCUCCCCUGGGCCUCCUGCAAAAACACCUGGAAUACAGACACCUGCAUUGAGUUUGACCAGGAGAACCUCACAGACCUCAUUCCCCAGAAGACCACAUCACCUGUGAUGGAAUUCUGGGAGAGGAGGGUGCUGGGGCUGUCUGCGGGCAUUGAGGAGAUGGGCAGUGUGAGAUGGGAGCUUGCUCUGUGUCUUCUGCUAUGCUGGAUCAUCUGUUACUUCUGCGUUUGGAGGGGGGUGAAGUCCACAGGAAAGGUGGUGUACUUCACUGCCACCUUCCCCUAUGUGAUGCUGCUGGUGCUGCUGGUCCGAGGCCUCACGCUACCGGGGGCCAAAGACGGCAUCAUCUUUUACCUGUACCCAGACCCACCCCGGCUUGCCGACCCACAGGUGUGGCUGGAUGCUGGGAGCCAGAUACUCUACUCCUAUGGACUUUGUAAUGGCUGUCUGACAGCACUAGGCAGUUACAACAAGUACAACAACAACUGCUACAAAGACUGUUUCUACCUGUGCCUUCUGAACAGCGGGACCAGCUUUGUGGCGGGCUUUGCCAUCUUCUCAGUGCUGGGCUUCAUGGCGCGUGAACAGGGGGUGGACAUCUCAGUGGUAGCCGAAUCAGGUCCUGGCCUGGCUUUCAUUGCAUACCCUCGGGCUGUGGCUAUGAUGCCUGUACCCCAACUAUGGGCCAUCUUCUUCUUCAUCAUGAUCAUCUUACUGGGGCUAGACAGUGAGUUUGUGAAUCAGGAGUCACUGGUCACAGCGGUCUCAGACAUGUACCCUUCCUUCUUUCAAGUUGGCCACCGGCGUAAACUCCUCCUUCUGCUCAUCAGUGUGGUCAGCUUCUUCAUUGGCCUGGUGAUGGUCACAGAGGGAGGCCUGUAUGUCUUCCUGCUGUUUGAUUACUACGCCUGCAGUGGGAUGGCCCUGCUUGUGUUUGCGAUCUUCCAGUCUGUGUGUGUUGGCUGGAUCUACGGUGCUGACCGUCUGUAUGACAACAUUGAGGAUAUGAUUGGCUAUCGGCCCUGGCCCCUAAUGAAGUACUGCUGGCUGUAUAUCACCCCAGUUAUGUGCAUUGGCACCUUCAUUGCCUCCCUGGUCAAGUACACACCCCUCACGUUUGACAACAGCUAUGAGUUUCCCUGGUGGGGCUACCUCAUCGGUGGGGUCCUAACUCUCUCCUCUACUCUCAUGGUGCCUGUCUGGAUGCUGUAUGUUAUGUGUGUAACACCUGGGACACUGCGACAGAAAGUGGAAGCGCUCUGCACCCCAGCAAAGGACUUGCCCCAGCCUGGAACGGUCAAGGGGUCUCUGAGCCCCCAAACCUUUGAGACUUUCACGGAGCUGUGCACUCUGCGCCCCAGCCGGACGUCUGGGGCUUCCUCUCAAACAGGAGGCCAGCGCAGCCUUGCUUCCACACCCACAGGCCACUUUCACUGGGUUUAAGGAAAUGAAGUUGCGAAAGUGGCUCCUACAGCGCCCCCUGCUGUCAUCACUCCGCUCCCUCCCUUCUGCACCUCGCACAAAGCUUUGUUGGCAAUUUCUUCCCAUUUAGAGUAGAUGUCCUUUUAGAUGGUCCUCAAAUCCACACACAGACCUGGCCCAAAAAUCAGCUGCACCACACAGUUCUAUGAGCUUACGAUGCAGCGAUCACAUCUGUUGUGUGCGGAUUUCCGCAGAUGAACUUCUGUUGGGGGGACGUGUCCAACCUUCAUAUGGGAGGCACACUCUCGAGGGAACAAAUGGUUCUGUUCCCCAUGGUCUUCACAGUCACAAACCAGCUAAUUUUCCUCUGCUUCUAGCAAGGCUAUGUGUUGAUUGGCUGCCAAGGAGUAGUAGUCAGCCAAUCAAUGUUGGUCAUUACAGUAAUGAGUAGAGUGGUAUUAUCAGAUGCAGCAUCGGGACCAAGGUGUCUGCGACCCGCAGAGGUUACAGGGUAUCUGAAUGCAAGAAGCUGAAAGAGCUGUGAUUACUGCACGUCAGUGUUAACCUUUGGCACUGGAUUUAUGUUUCAUUCUGAUUCAACAUUUCAGAACAUAUGUGUUAGUGAUUUGGUUCAGUGAUAUUCAAUAUUAAGUCAUUGAGGUUGAAGUUGGUGGAAAAAAAACUUUGUUUUUUUUAAAAUAUGGAAAUUUGUAUUUAAACGUGUAUUUAGAGAGCAAUUAUAUAAAAUACACUAUUUUUGACAGUUCCCAAGCAAAAUGACGUACAAAUGGCUGCACCAUCAUUCUGAAAUAAAUCUUCCACCUGACCUAAUAGUACAUUUCUGUCUGCCAUUUGUUACUUAAGCCCCCCCCCCCCC